AUGGAAAUGUCUAAAAAAAUCCAUCCACAGGCGCUCAACCCCAGCACAUUCCAGUUCGUUUAUCUGGAGAAUACUGGUAACAUUCGUUCGUCGGCGAUACAGAAGCAAGCUAAGUCGUACGCGGCUAAACGAUUCCAUGCCCGAGCAAGGCAUGAGCAGGUCAAGAAGCAUCAGGAGUCCCUACGGCAAGAAGCCAGGCGGACUCUGGUCCCAUCACCUUCUGGGGUAGACCAAUCUAUCGAUGCUGCCUUUUCGAACACAAACGCAUUUCAGCUACCAAACCCCACGACAAUGCUCUCAGCUGCUACCACAGACCCCUUUGCAUCAGCUGCGAGGCCGAUCUCCUCGUUUGAAUACUUCCUUAUAAGCCACUAUAUCCAAGUCAUCAUCCCUGCCGGGGGUUUCUACAGCCCGUCUCACCCAAGUCCUGAGGCAUAUUUGCAUGGUGCCAUAACGGAAUGGAUACCACUUGCAAUAACUGAUCCCGGCAUGUUGAACGGCAUCCUUGUCCCUGCCUGUCGAAGUCUCCAUUCUCUUCAGGGCGGAGGCCAUUACUUGGAGAUGGCUCUUCGAUAUAAGGUAGCCUGUAUUGUAUCUCUCAACAUGGAUCUUUCGGAGCAAGGGGGAAAACCACGUGAUUCGAGUAUAGCCAAAGCGAUUAUUUUAGCUGGCGAUGAGGUCUCAAUUGGUGAUCUUUUGACUGGAAAGGAUCAUAUUCAGGCGGCACACCAAAUGGUUGCAUCAAGGGGAGGUAUUGCCACCUUGGGAACACACGGAUUUCUGAGUGGACUGAUUAAUAUGUUUUCGAGUGAGGGCGAAACAGAGAUACAAGCUAUGCACGUGCUUAGCAGCUACAGUCAUUUUAGCACCUCAGUGUAGCGAUUACAUUUACAAGCCACUUCGUAGUGUAGGGUAAGGGGAAUUAUUGCAGCUGUUAUUGAUAUUUCUCUUUCUCUUCUUCUCUAAGAGAUUCAGAAGGAAUUAAUUCAUUACUCUGUGUCUCUUACCUUCAGG